AUGCAGUAUUACUUGACUUACGCAGAUCUUGGAUUCAGUUGUCUUGUCUUUGGCCGUCGGUCCCUUUCGCAGUUCCUCUUUCCCUUUUGGCUGCGCCCCCUUGUGAAAGCCUGGAACCGGACAAGCACAAACGGAUCAUGUGACAAUCACAUCUCCACUGAGGUCAGACAAGAUUCAGUUCCGUGUUCAAAGAAUCAAGAUGGAAAGUUUUUAUUCCUUCUUGGAGGAAUUGAAACAGAACUAACUUGUUCGAUCUGUGAACAAUUAUUUACAACACCCGUAACCCUUCCCUGCCUUCAUAGUUUUUGUUCGAAAUGUAUAGAACAACUGUGCGAAAAGUGCAAUAACACCAACGUUUCCUGUGUUUAUCCAGCCUGUAGGUCACCUUUCGACGUUCCCGACGGAGAUGUUUCCGAACUCCUCUCUUCGUUCUACCUAAAGGCUCUUCUCAAGUUGAUCCAAGUUAUUGGAACCAAGGAAAAAUGGAAGGCACAAGAAAUACAGCAUUGUGGAAGCUGUGAAAAUCCGACGUCAAAUCUAGUGGCAUUUUGUCAGGGAUGCACUAGAGUUAUUUGCAAUGAAUGUGUCAAUGCUCACAAAUUGUUGAAAAGAGUUUCGAAGGAGCAUAAAGUGACAAUGCUGAACGAAAUUAACCGAGAUAAGGUGGAAGAUUUUGUCACAAAUUUUGUUUUUUGUGAAGAGCAAUCCCACGAGAACAACAGGCUGCAUUACUUCUGUUUUGAAGAAACCUGUAAAAAGUAUAUUUGUCUAAAAUGCGUUGCAGAGGAUCACAAACUUCAUAAUUUUUCAAGCUUAGACGACGCGGCUGACAAGGUCAAGCAUAACAUCAAACAAUACAUGAAGAGAAUAGACGACCUGAAGCAGGGAUAUGGAGAAGAAAUAUCGCUCUCCAAGCAAAAUAUCUCUCGGAUUGAAAGCGAAGUAAACCUGGCAAAGAAACAGGUUCAUGAUGCAGUUGAAGUCGCGAUUAUGUGCAGGACAUCCUUAAAGACAAAUGUGAAGUGGCGUUACAAAAGUCCUCGAUAUUUGUCGAGUAAACCUAUUGAGCGUAACGCAAGAUUGCGUUACGUGUCUCAGGUACCGGAAGUUGAAAAUAUGGGGGAAAUUAUGAAAAAUCUACCCGAUCCCUCAAAUUGCACUAUUGAAUCGCUGAAGGAUGGUCGAUGUGGUUUUCAGAACCAAUUUGAGAUUCUAACGAAGAAUUCAGAAGGAGAAGUGUGUGACACGAACAUUGAAUCUAUUUACGUAGAAGUUAAGGAUCCAGAUGGUAACGAAAUGAAAAGCCAAGUCUUUGGUAAACAGAAGGGCAAAUUCAGUGUGAGUUAUAGAGCGGAUAGGGUUGGACCAUGUACAAUUUUGGUGAAAAUUGCCGGCGAACUGGUAAAGAACUCCUCACGAAAUGUGAACACCUUGGAUGUUAAGUCAGAUUUUAUAUGUGUAAAAUGGUUUGGAGGAGGGAGAGGUGAAGGAGAGUUCAUGCAUCCUCGGUCAAUAGCACUGAGUGAGAACGGAGAGAUAGCGGUUGGCGACCGGGACAGUGAUCGUAUCCAGAUAUUUUAUAUUGAAGGCGAAUAUACGCGAGAGAUUAAAUGCAGAGAAAUCCAAGAGAGUGAAAAGUUUCAACCUCAUUCCGUUACAUUUAUUGAGGAUAAACUAAUCGUAACCGUUUUUUCUGCUGUGAAUGGAGAGAUUCUGAUGAUUGAUUUAAAGAGUUCUAACGUUAGAACUAUUUACAGACCAGAAGAACGGUUUGUUCCAAGAGGAAUGUGUGUUACGGAUGAAAACCACAUUGCAGUGUGUUAUAGUGGGAAUGAAGAACAUGGUGUCUACUCAGGAAUCAAACUCUUUGAUAGAGAGGGAACUUUCCUUCGAGAGUUUCACAGUCCAGAGAAAAUUAAACUGCCUUGGUGCGUUGCCUAUGGUAACAGGAAAUACUUCGUUUCUUAUUAUGAAGAAUGUUGUAUUCGUGUCUUUGACAGUAAUGGAGUUUUCCUUCACAAAUUUGGAGAAAAAGGACAAGAUGGCGGCCAGUUUCAUAACGUCGCGGGUCUGGCCUUUUACGGUCCAAACUUGAUUCUUGUCUGUGAUCACGCUAAUAACCGAGUCCAACUUUUAACUCAAGAGGGAAAAUUUGUAAAAUCAUUCGGAAAUGCGUUUUCAAGUAUGAGUCGUCCAGCAGAUUUAGCUGUCACAUCGGAUGGUCACGUGUUUGUGCUAAACUUCGGCAGCAAAAACGUACAGCUGUGGCGCUAAUACCAACCAAUUAAAUGCUGAUUAGCCAAACAAUUAAACCUAGUAUACGAUCAGAUUUUUCCCGUUUGGUACCACUUUUGUCCAACUGCUGGUGUGAUCGGCGGUGCUUUUAGGGUUGAAAAUGUCUAAUGUGAACUUUUUAGGGCGUCCAGCUCAAAGGUCAGUUACGUCAAUCUUUAUUUAUUUUCUUUAUUGAACAAAAACAUGGGAGAACAGAAGAGAGAUUUCCAGAUCCAUCAUACAUAGUCCUACCUUUUAGGGAUUGACAGCUUUUAAUCUAUGCGUCUUUCAAAACCGACAGCCGAUCACCGCCUAUGACUUGAACAAAGAGAAUACCUGCGGAUCCCUCUCCGGGAGUUUAUUUUGUCGAGUUUUUUGUACUAGCUAGAAAAUAUUACACUGUAUUAAAAAAACUUGUAAUAAUUUUUA